AUGGUACUUCACGAAGCAUUCCGAUUGAAAGGUUGUAGAAAACUCCAAGAUUAUUGUUUGGAUUAUAUUUGCGAGGAACCAAAGCCUUUUUUUAAUUCGGAAAUUUCAAAGUUAGAAAAAAUUAUUUUACUUGGAUUAAUCAGAAAGGAUUAUUUACGCGUUAAAGAAAUUGAUCUAUGGAUUUACCUUAUCAAAUGGGGAAUUGCCCAAAAUGCAGAAUUGAAAGGAAAGGAUAUGACCAAUUUAAGUAAUUGGGACAAAAAGGAUUUCAUUACUCUGAAAAAGACCUUGAAUCAAUUUAUAACACACAUUCGAUUCUUUGUAAUUUCUUCAACGGAUUUUUAUGAGAAAGUUCAACCUUUUGCGGAAGUUUUACCUAAAAAACUCUAUGAAGAGAUUUUGUCGUAUCAUGAUGACAAUAUUCAACCAAGUCAAGAUAAUAUAUUACUUCCUCGCCAAGGAAAGGUAUUUGUUGAAUCAAUAAUUAUUAAUCGUCAACAUGCGGCCAUCCUUGCUAAUUGGAUCCAGGGAAAUGAUCCUUUUGAUAGAAUUCCAAUAGAUGUUAGAUAUAAUCUUGAACUUAUUUAUCAUGGAAGUAGAGAUGGUUAUGAUAUCGAUACUGUACGUAUGAAAUGUCAUAAUCAGGGACCGUGUAUUUUGGUCAUGAAGAUUGAAGAAGAUGAUGCCAUAAUUGGUGGUUACAACCCUCAUGGUUGGAAUCAUGUUAACACGAAUUAUGCACGUGAAAUCAAUUUUUCCUGGAUCGAUACUAAUGACAGUUUCAUUUUUUCGUUAGAUGAGGAAGAUUUAAAAAAUAUUAAGAUUAGUCGAGUUGUAGAUAACGAAAAUGCGAUAUAUAAAUCGAAUUUUUAUAAUUAUAAAUUGAAUUUUGGUAAUAGAGAUUUGGUCGUUAACGUUAAUGAUAAUUUUGGAACAUGCAAUCAAAGCCAUUAUGAAAGCUGUAUAUUAGAUUCAAACUUUUUCCUCAUCAAAGAAAUCGAGAUCCUUAAAAUUGUGAAACGGGAAAUAUUACAAAAUGAUUCGUAA